CAUCCCCCAAGCCAGUGCCGGCCAGUGGCGGCGGGCGGCCUCCCAGAAGCGCAGGGUGUGCUCAUCCUUCGUAAACUCGUAAGACAGCUCAGCAUCCUGCAGAUCCGAGUCGACAGGAAGCACCUGCACCAGGCGAAUCUGCUUGUCGUCUUUUUCUGACCCAGACAUUGUUGCCCGGGUUGAUCUCAAACGUGAGGAGAAAUUUCAUUUUGUGGAUGGCCGAUGAUGGCGGGGCACACGCGAUAAUCUGUUUUGGUCUGGCCCUCAUUGGCUGCGCUGCCCAACAAGGUCCUCACCAAGACCUGAAGAGUCUUCACAUCUGACGAGGAUGAGAGCAGGGAUGGCAAUGCACAAUCAUUAAUAGCAUUCUGCAUAUCAAACACUAGAGUCUGGGUCAGGGCCAAAUAGGGCCAAAAAGCCAUCCAAACUCAAUCCCCGCACAACCCCUCCUCCUCGUAGCCAAAUCUGCCGAACUUGCACUCCGGGCGCCAGUUUGGAACCAGCAAACUCCGCGCGUGGUAAAAGAUCCGCGGAUCGACGUCCAGAUUGUACAUCUUUUGAACAUUUGGUCCUUGGGUCGCUCUGCGCCUGGGGUCGAACUCCCCCCGCAUCCCCGCGAUUCCAUGUAUUCCACCAACUGAGCUUCUGCCGAUGCUUCGCAGCUGUGAUUGUAUGCUCAAACUAACGGUCGCACUUGGGCUUUGUUGGAAGAUGACGAGAGAACAGAGACAAGGUCAUGUAAUGCACAACCGGCCUACAGCAGGAUCAAAAAGACAGCUUUGGAAUGGUGGGGGAGCAGCUAGCGCACCUUGCCCGAUUCUUACCUCCAGUAGCUGAAAAUCGCGUUCAGCUAAGGGCUGGUCGGCCUGGUUUUCGGGACUUAUCCGCGCUUGAUAUGCCAAUUUUGAUCCAUAGCUUGUCGCUAAGCUCAAAUAAUCAUAGCUCGAGGGGCUGAUGAUGCGUAUCAUUGAGCUGAGCUGCGCUGAACUGCCGCUAGACGAUUCCGUGUAACAGGAUAUAAAGCCGUCUGUCUCCCUUCUCCGAGUCCUCGAUCGCUCAGCCCUUUCGUUCCAAGCCCAUUCAUCGCACACCAUGUCUCUCGAUACAACCACCUUCCGCAACGUCGUCGACGGCCAGCUGCUAGCCACCGAAACAACACGACACGGCAUCAACCCCGCCACCAAGCAGCCCAACCCCGAGGUCCCAGUAACCACCGCAGCAGACCUCGACCGCGCCGUCACAGCCGCCCGGGCCGCAUACAAGAAAUGGUCGCGGACCACCUUUGACGAGCGCCGGCAGGCCCUCAACGCCUACGCCGACGCUCUCGAGGCAAACAAGGACGCGCUGGCCGCCCUCCUGACACAGGAACAGGGCAAGCCGCUGACCCAGUCGUCUGUGGAAGUUGGCAUGGCCGUCACCUGGACGCGGGCGAUUCCUACGAUGGAGAUCCCCGAGACAGUCAUCCAGGAUAAAGAGGACGUCAAGACGAUUCAGCGCUACGUGCCACUGGGCGUCGCGGCUGCGAUUGUUCCGUGGAAUUUCCCUGUCCUCCUCGCCAUCGGCAAAGUCGUACAGGCGAUUUACACAGGUAACGCUGUCAUUGUGAAACCAUCCCCCUUUACCCCGUACUGCGCGCUCAAGCUCGCUGAACUUGCUAUCCCGCACUUCCCUCCUGGCGUGUUUCAGGCGCUUAGUGGAGGCGAUGACCUGGGCCCUAUGAUCACCGAGCAUCCCGGUAUCGACAAGAUCAGUUUCACGGGGUCGACGCUCACGGGGAAGCGUGUCAUGGCGUCGGCGGCGAAGACGCUGAAACGUGUAACUCUCGAGCUGGGCGGCAAUGACGCGGCCAUUGUCUGCGACGACGUGGACAUCGACAAGGUUAUCCCGAAUCUCGGCAUCCUCUCCUUCCUCUGCAGCGCCCAAGUCUGCAUGAUGAUAAAGCGCCUCUACGUGCACGAGAAAAUCUACGACGCCUUCCUGGCGAAAUUCGUCGAGUUUGUGAAAAACCUCCCCGUCGGCCCGGGGACAAACAGCGACACCUUCUUCGGCCCCGUGCAAAACAGCAUGCAGUACGAAAAAGCCAAGGAACUCUUCUCCACCAUCACGACCGAAAACCUCACCGCCGCCCUGGGUUCCGCCUCCAUCGCCGACUCCGACGGCUACUUCAUCCACCCAACCAUCAUCGACAACCCGCCGGAAACCUCGCGCGUCGUGCAGGAGGAACCCUUUGCGCCGAUUCUGCCGGUGUUGAAAUGGAGCGAUGAGGAGGAUGUGCUUGCGCGUGCGAAUGGGGUUGAGACGGGACUGGGCGCGUCGGUUUGGUCUGGGGAUGCGGAGCGCGCGAGGCGGAUUGCCGAUCGCCUCGAGGCUGGCAGUGUCUGGAUUAAUUCGCAUUUCGAGGUUUCGCCGCUGGCGCCGUUUGGCGGGCAUAAGAGUUCGGGGAUUGGGAGUGAGUGGGGGCUCCAGGGGCUUGUGCAGUAUUGUAAUUGUCAGACGCUUUGGAUUAAGAAGGCGUAGAUUUGUAGAUUGUGUGCGAUUUGGUGUUUGGUUUAAUGAUAUCUCUUGUUCUCGUCAUGUCAUUCCAGUCCACCCGUAGAGAGGGGUUAUGGUAUGGAGUCGAGACUGGCCGGGGCUGCUGGUGGCAGGUGAGGGGCAUUGGAAAGGUCGGUG